AUGGCUGUGACAGAAAAAUGUGAUGUAUAUAGCUUUGGUGUUCUGGUGCUUGAAGUUUUGAUGGGAACACAUCCAGGAGAAGUGAUUUCUAGUAUGAACUCAUCAUCACUUGGGCAAGGCAUAAAACUAGAGGAUGUGUUGGACCAUCGUCUUUCAUUUCCUGUGAAUCAAAAGAUUGAAGAUGAUCUGAAUGCUAUUCUCAAGCUUUCACAAUUAUGUUUGUGUGCUGAUCCCAAAACUCGGCCUACCAUGCAUGAUGUGUCUCUACUACUUGAAAUAAGGACAGGUCACAACUAG